CUCCACCCCUUUCCGUGCUGCUCAUGUCACACAACGGCGCGCAGUCACGCGGCUGCCAGCCCCAGACUUGGAUCAUGAAUAUAAGUGAAGACUUUGACGUCAGAGUUGAGAUUUAUCAGCAGAUCCAAUGGGGCAGGAAUAUUAAGUGCAAGUCGAUGCCAGCUAUCUGCCAACGUUAUUAGCAAUGCUCGCCGAGGAAUGAGGCUUAACACCAAGGGCUGGAAGGACUGGGAAGGGAAAAAAUAAAGACGGGGGGAAACAAGCUGAUCCUCGAGCAUUAAAGCCAGCGAUGCUGCACGGCCCCGCCGCCAUGGGGGAGCCGUGGCAGCCGCAGCCGCAGCAGCAGCGGCUCCCGGGGCUUGGCAACGCCUCGGAGCCCAGCGCCUGGCCGGGGACGGCGGCACCGGGUGGUGGUGGCGGCGGCGGGGCCGGUGCCGGGGAGACCGUCAGCCCCUGGGACAUCGCGCUCUGCGCCACGGGGACGGCGGUGGCGGGGGAAAACGCGCUGGUGCUGGCCGUGCUCUUCUACACGCCGAGCCUGCGGGCGCCCAUGUUCCUGCUGAUCGGCAGCCUGGCCCUGGCCGAUCUCCUGGCCGGGCUGGGGCUUGUGGCCAACUUCGCCGUGCGGUACCUGCUGCGGCCGCCCAGCGAGGCGGCGGAGCUGGGGGCUGCGGGGCUGCUGCUCGCCGCCUUCUCCGCCUCGGUCUGCAGCCUGCUGGCCAUCACAGUGGACCGCUACCUGUCGCUGUACAACGCGCUCACCUACCACAGCGAGCGCACGCUGGGCUUCACCUGCGCCAUGGUGCUGCUUAUGUGGCUGCUGUGCCUCGGCGUGGGGCUGCUGCCCCUCCUGGGCUGGAACUGCCUGCGGGACCAGAGCGCCUGCAGCAUCCUGCGGCCCGUCACCAAGGACAACGCGGCGGUGCUGGCCGUCACCUUCCUGCUCCUCUUCGCCCUCAUGAUGCAGCUCUACCUGCAGAUCUGCAAGAUCGCCUUCCGGCACGCCCAGCAGAUCGCCGUGCAGCACCAGUUCAUCGCCACGGCGCAGGCCACCUCCACCCGCAAAGGGCUCUCCACCCUCUCGCUCAUCCUAGGCACCUUCGCCCUGUGCUGGAUCCCCUUCGCAAUCUACUCCCUUGUGGCCGAUUCCAGCUACCCCGUGGUCUACACCUACUCGCUGGCGCUGCCCGCCACCUGCAACUCCCUCAUCAACCCCAUCAUUUACGCCUUCAGAAACCCAGACAUCCAGAAGUCGCUGUGGCUGGCCUGCUGCGGGUGCAUCCCCUCCACGUUCUCCUCCAGACCAAGGACAUCCAGCGAUGUGUGAGGACUGAGCACGGAGCGAGAGGCGCUCCCUUGCUCUCCUCCUCCUCCUCCUUUUCCCCUCUGUCGUUAUCGUUUCCUACCGGGAGGAACCCCCCCGGGCAGCACAUCUCGUUCCAUGAAAAGACGGCCAAAAAGAGAGAGGGAAAAAAAAGGGAGAAGGGAAAAAAAAGGGGGAAAGAAAGAGAGAGAGUAGAAUGAUAAUGGUUUCCUUUAGAAAUGUUAUUUUCUUACACAUUUUAUUUUUUAUUUAAAAACACAAAACGCCAAAAAAAAAAAAAAAAAGGAAAAAAAAAAGGGAUCCUCGUUCGAUGGCGAUUGUCUCCUCUUGGGGUAAGGAGCCAGGGGGGUUCCCCCCGCCCGGCGGCACAUCCCACGGGUGGCAGCCGCCGGGAGGGCGACAGGAGCGGGGUGAGGGCUGCGGGUGUCGUGUCCCCCCCGGCGGGGCUGGUCCUCACCCGUGGGGCUGUCGAGCGGGGCGUCCAUCCCCCUAAAAUCAGGGCUUGCGAUGCUAUGCAAUAACGGGGGGCGGCGUUCAGCACCGCGGGCGCGGACAGCUCCGGCUCGGGGGACCGGGGUGGGUUUGUGGGUGCGGAGGGGAUGAAGGGGACCGGGGGGGGACACACGCUCUCUUUAUAUGUCGUUUGUGAAGCACUUUGAGAACCUGCGGGGCGAAGGGCACUUUAGGGGACGGCCACUGUUUCGGCUGUCGCAGGGACGGGGAUACCUGGAGAAUCCAUUUCCCUAUCUCCUCCAAAAAAAGGGGAGAAAAAGGUGACUGGGGGCUCGGGUGUGCAGGUGGAGGGGCAGCCGGGGUCCCCCGUACCCCAAGGCUCUUGGGGGGGCCAGGAAGGGCUCUCCCCGCUCCCGGUCUGGGGCCGUGCGGUGAUGCGCUCCCCCGGCUGCGCUCGCUUCCACACGGAUCGUUUACGGGGGGGGGAUUUUCAUCCAAAGACGGGUCCAGGCUUGCUGGGGUCCCCUAGAGGGAAGCCUCUGUAAUCACACGUGUUAUUCCGGAUGCUACCAGUUUAAUUUGCUUCAUCGGAGAAGCUAAAGCACCCUCACAUUCCUCUGCUGUGUCAUGUGCUUUGUGUGUUAGUGAGACCAUGAUGAAGUGUCCUUUACCUUGUGCUUUCUUUUGGCUGAGAAGUGGCAUAGUGUGUUCACUUAAAAAGCAAGCAAGAAACCCAGCAACCUUCAGAGAGAUGGCAGGGCUUGGGGAGAAGCAUCUGGGGUGGCUCAGAGUGCUCAGGUGCUGGGUGCUGCUCUGGGGCCCAGUGCAGUAGCAGCUCAAUGGUUGAGGCAGGAGACCCCUACCAGUGGUGUCACAAAUACGUUGCUUUCCUUUAAAGAUGCUGUAAUCUCCAGCAUCCAAAAUGCCCAUCUUCAAAGCAGGAGCUGGGUUCUGCUGCACCAUGGGCAUCACAGACCAAGGUUCCUAGCAACACCAUCCAAUGGCACUGCCACCACCAAAACAAGUGUGUUCAGGGGAAUGCUGUGGAAAACAGAAGUACCCCUACUUUGUGAGGUUGUAGUGCAUACAAAGCCAGUUUAUGGCUCGACACAGACACAACUGUGUUUUCUCUGUGGGUCUGUGCAAUGAAUUUCUUGCUCCUCAAAGCUAAGUGCACAUGGGAAAGCUAUGGAUCUCCAAAGCGUGCCUGGGGCUUGGACUUACUGCGUACCUUUGAAAGGUGGCCUGUCUCUUUGUUUUCAUUUCUCUCAUUUGAAUACCUUGGGCAAUGGGCAGUAGGCACCAUGUUGGAUCAGCGUAUGUUUUAAAGUAAAUAUAUAUAUAAGAAAGAAUAAUAUAUGUAGAAAUACUUUUCUCUGCUCAUUUUAUUUCUCUGGUUUCUGACAGCCAGGUCCCUGCAGUUUCUCAGUGUGAAAACUCAAGGCACAGUUAGUUUAGACCAUUUUUGAGAGAUUAUGAACAUUUUAAAACAUUUUUAUACAACCCUCUCUAGAAGACAGCAUUUGUUUCCCUGGGCAGCUCAUUUUGUAUCUUUAAAUGAAGUGUAGUAUUGACUAAUCAGCUCUAGAGAAACCUUGACAUGAAAAAGUUGCAUUUUCUUGGCUUUCCAGUCAAUUUCCUGUUGCUGAAGGUUUUGAUUUUAACCAUGUUCUUUUUAGAGUUUAAGUGUAUACUUGAAACUUGUCUCAGUUUGAGGGAUCUAUUGAUAAGCUCUAACAAAGGCAUACAAGGGUCGAUGUAAAAUCAUUUCCCUCCACAGCAAUAGGAGAAAGAUUUGGGCUGUGAGGAGCUAAAGCUGAGGAUACAGCCCCUACCAGAUAGUGAAGUCAGAGAGAAGGUGGAGAUGUCCUCACUGAAAUGCUUGGUGCUCACCCAAACACAUGUACAGCAACUUUGACACAGGCCAAGUGACAUCUGGUCCUUGCACUAAGGAGACUUUUAUUCUGCUGCACUAAUCCAACUCACAGUCAGUAUCAAGAUGUGGCACAAGUAUUCUGUGUGCUCAGAUUUAGUAUAAAAUGCUAAUCUAAUAUUUUUAAGUGAUGGUCUAGGAUCCUUCUCUUGGAGUCUGUUAAAGGUGGCCAUGGAGGUUGUUAAAACACUUGGUAAGCUUCAGGCAAAGUCUCAAGAGAUCUCUAAAGAAAUGUUGAUAAAUUGGCUUUUUGCAGUCUUUCCAUUAAAUAAAAAGAAAUGCAUUUUCUAGGUGAUUUUUCCUUUGCGGGUUUUCCUCUCCUUUUUUAUCAGUGAAAGAGAGGAAAACAAGGUGAAGUGAGGAAGAAGAUGAACAGGUAGAAGCUCCCUGCCAUUCACUGCGCUGCAGAAAUCUCUGACCAUUUUACUGCACAUUUGCUUUGGUGUUGUUUGUUUGGUGUGGUUCGUUUCUUUUACUGGAGGAAGUUUUGUGUGACAAUGUUGGAUAUCAGUGAGGAUGUUGGAUGUUGGAGCCUCCUUAUGUUGGACAUCAGGAGACCUAACUUAAGACCUUAAAAUAUCUGUCAAGUUAGCGAUGCUGUGUGCAGGGUGGGAGUGCCCUGGUGUUUGGUGUCCUUCAGUACUGGCUUUGGGACACGUUUAGUACAGAAUACAGAGCCUGACUUUGGAUGAGGUUGUGUUGCCAAAAGUAAGGAGCAGCUCCCAUGAAUGUAAUGGUAUCACAUGUGGAUGGGGUACCAACAAUGAGAGGAACACUGCAAAACAGAAGGGGUUUUCCAACACAUUGAAUCCUCCUAUGGCCACUCCAGGUGGAAACUGGGCCUGCUUGGAGAGGGAUGGUCAGAGCUUGAUUUGGGAAGACCUCCAUGUCCUCGUCCUGGUGAAUGGCCCAGAUCUUGCCAUUGUACCUUCAAAAACUGGGCUUUGCAAAUAGCUUUUGAUAAAAGAUGAAGGGCCAGGGACCUUCUGGGCCCUACAGGAGCUGAUCUACAUCUCCAGCAGCAGAACAAGCACAUUGUUCUGAACAAUUGGUUCUGAACAUUGGUUCUGAACAAUUACAUGUGGUAUCUAACCAACCCUAUGACAAAUAUCAGUGUAGCCACAGAAAUUAAUCCAAUGCUUAUUUGCUUAUUUAUUCAUAGGUUUCUGCUGGUCUUUGGCUUUUCUACCAUGAGUUGCAAGCAUAACAUAGGUAUGAAAUGCUUUCUGUGUCAGUAGUGGCUGUUUUAGUCGAGGGGAUGAGAAUAGGGUGAGGAGGAGAAAGAAAAGAGAAAACAUUCCUCAAAUAUACUGUGAAAAGGCCAGGGACAUCACUGGAUGGGACAAAACCACAGCUGCAUGAAUGCCCUGAGUUUCAUGGAGCUGUAUUAGGGGUGAGUGUGAGCUUGCGUGUUUACAACAAGAUCUUUUCCCUGUCCCAGCGUGUUUCAACUGAGAAAUGAUAUUUUUAAAAAGGCUGAUGAAAUGUAUAGACUCUGCCAACAAAAGGGUUUGGUUUUGUCCAGUUUUGUCCCGUUUUGUUCAGUUUGGGACUUUGAGCCAUGAAAACGCCUCUUUUUAACCAACUUAAUUUCAGUAACCAGCAGUAAAUAUCACAAGGAUCUCAGUCCUGAUGUGGCAGCCACAAUUUGUUCAUCUUAAGCAGAUUUUUAAUUGAACUUUGACUAAAACCCCAAGAAACCAUUACUGUUCUCAGUAGGUGAUGAAGUACCUCUUUCUUGUAGAGCAUCAAAAUUGGGGUGGGGACGUCUUGAAAAAGAUGUUGAUCUUGGUAAUCACUUGUAUUGAUGUGUACUGACCAGCAUUGAUGACUCACGUAAUUGUUAACAAUGAAUUAACAGCUCACUUUUAAUUGUCGGGAAUAACUGUUCAAUGCACAUGGUAUUUCUUUGUACUUGCAUUCAUUCACGUGCAACCUUUCCUCUCAGUGAGGUGGUCAAGCUGAUGACUUCGCAUGUAUCAUUUGUACCUUUUCUGUUAACAAAGCAGUUGCCUAUUGCAAAAUCCCCUGAGAGCCACCCUUCCUACUGUCCCUGCGUCCAUAGGAAUGGAACUUUCCCAUUCCCAUUGGAAAACUCUGCAAUACAGAACAUUAUAAGGAUAAAAUGGAUUUUCAGCAAAGACCCAAAUAAGAAUGGGUGGUCCAAAGCUCUUUUUUGUCCCUGGCUUUGAGGGAUGGGAAGAAAUUGUUUCCAACCCCAAGGGUAAUAGUUGCCUUCACAAAUCCUGCCUGAUAUGAAGCGGAAUUGUGUCUAAAGCAAGGUUAUUCCUUCACAAUUUGAGCAAGCUGCAGCACGCAGGAUGCUGGAUGUCUGGCAGCACAUUGUAUCAACAGACACUGAAAUCACAAGCACAGGUUUAUGGCCUUAUCGCAGGAUCUGGGAGCUGGAAAACAUCUGGCUUGUCCCAGGAAAGGCUCUUUUCUAACUGGGCAGUAUCUAGGAUGAGAGGUAGUGCUGGCCACUGGUGGCAAAGCAGGAGUCCCUUUGAGUCUGCUGCAGCAGGCUCUUGGCUCUGCUUUGCUUUUCCUUUACAUCAUGUAGAGAGUGAUGAGGAGUGGGCUUGUUCCUGAUGUCCCUUUUGAGUAGGUCAGACUCAGGCCCCAGGCAGGAAAGACAGCAUCCUCCCUAGAGAGUGAACCCUCUAGCAUGGAGGGAGUUGAUUAUCCCCAUUUCCAAUCCUGCUAUUCCCAGUCCUAUCUGCUUCUGCAGGAACAAGGCCAUUGCACAGCAAUCAGAACAGCAACUUAUUUUGAUGUGUUUUCAUUAACCUCGACUGGGAAAGUUGAUCUCAAUGAAAAAUGUACAGUUAUCAUUCAAUUCUGGUUAAAUCAAGCCCCUUCGAUGCACUUUAUGAACGAGUGAGAAAAAAAAAUGCUGUUAUUGCACUGUAUCUCUAUUGUGUAUAAUAUUAUACAUUCAUCUGUAAGAGUAAUUUAUUUUUAUUACUGUAAAUAAAACUGUUAAAGUGAUUUGUCAAGAGGAUAUCCAAAAAU